AUGGCUGUUGGACCUCAAGAAGUGUUGGGAUUCACGGAUAAUGAAUUUCUUGAGUUCGGAAUAUCAACCAUAGGGGAUAAGGCAAGGCUUCGACAGCGCUGCAGAUUACAUACUUCAGAAUUUACAAUCGCAAAUUACUUAGAGUGUUUGAAAACGACACCCAAACGCAUAUACCUGCAUAAGGGAGCAAGGUGUGCGUUUAAUCGUAAAAGUUUUAAAGUGGAAAGAAUGCUAAGUGUCAAAUUUGCCGGAGAAUAUGGUAUGGAUGAUGGGGGUCCUAGACGUGAAUUUAUGAGGUUGGCAUUAAGAGAAAUUAAAGACUGUAUAUUUGAAGGAGAGGAAAAAAAAUACGCCCAGAUGUGA